AUGGCUGAAGGACCAUCAGAUGCCGAUCAGAUGAAACAGUUCCGAGACUUUCUCAUCAGUUACAAUCGGUUGUCGGAAACGUGCUUCGCAGACUGCGUUCACGAUUUUACGACGCGCCACGUGCGCGACAAGGAGUUCAACUGUGCAAACAAUUGCGUUUUGAAGUACCUCAAGAUCAACCAACGGGUGUCUCAACGGUUCCAGGAAAUCCAAGUCAUGGCCAAUGAAAACCUGCUCGCAGCUGCGCAAAAGGCAGCCUCAGAAAGGUGUGUGAAUGUGCUCUCUGCUGUGAUGAACCGGGGCAAGAGAAGAUCUGCGCCGGUAGAGCCUACGGAUCUGACGAGCCGAUCAAAUGGCGACGCACCGAAAAGAAUACGUUUGCAAGCGCAUCGAAAAUUCGCCGAAGGUGUACCAAUCCCGGGCCGCCAGUGCAGUGAAUCCUUCGUACGUCCGGUCGACGUAGAUUAUUUUCCCAAAAACGCCCGAUGUUCAGCCUUGAGCGGCGGCGACGUUUUAGCCGCCAAUUCGCCCGAAAACAGCCGUGAUGCCGAUGCAUUGGAUAUCAUUGCUCCGUCGGCUGAAGCAUUCUGCGCAUACAUUCUUUACGAUGGAACUGAUUUGAUGACCCCCGAACUGGAGAUUUUCAACAAUGCCGCGUUGUACGUGGAGGAGCCUUCGUUGGGAGCGACCAGCAGUGUUCGUGGCGAGAGUCCCGGCGGAGAGAAGCGUGUUCCCGUCUCUCGACGGGACUCCUCCGUGACUUGCGGGAACUCGGGCGUGAGCACGCCUAGGAGUAAUUCGUCCUGUGCGACAGCCGUCGUCAACAAUGCUAAAACCGCAAAGACGUUGAAGGAUGUCAAACGAUCACUGGACAAGGAAUUCAGCUCCAAGCCCAGCAAAAAAUCACUUGCAUCUCGGCGAUCGGACUCCGCCAUCCACAAAAUAUACGGAAGGGAGCCACGGGGUUUGAUUAAAAAUGUGAGACCAGGAGAACCCCCGCCCGCGGGUGCUGUUCGGAAAUCUGGUACUCCGAUAUCUCGGCGAUUUUUGAGGCACCGGAUCGUUCGUCCUUCCCCGGUGAAGAAGUGGCUCGCGACGAAGAAAAUUGUGGCCAAGCCAAUAACUGCCCCUAAAACGAAUGAAUCUAUCACGAGGGAAACAUCGAAACCAAAGCAGAAAAAUGCUGCUUCGAAUUCCGGAGAGAAAAGUGCGACGAAAUCGAAGCAAAAGACUCCGUCAGAACCAAGAAUUACGCGGUUUCGGCGAGAUUCUUCGUCGUCUUCAUCCUCGCGGUCUUCCUCAACUACUGCGUCUUCCAUGGUCAGUGAGUCGUCUUCAUCGACUCCUCGGAGGGCAUUGAGAAGUGGUGGCAGUGUUGAAAGUCUGCCUCUUGCCUCCAAACCGACGCCAAAGGAUUCCAACUCUGUAAAAAAGGCUUCGAAGCAAUCGAAAGACAAUAAAAGCAAAAAGAAUAGCUCGCCGGUUACCCAGAAAAAGCAGGAAGAUGUGGUACCCAAGAAAAUCGACGUGAAAUCCAGCAAUCAGAAACCAGUGACGCGGCGUGUGGCGUCACUGGUCGUGGCGGAUGAGCCGUCGCGUAAAUUACGCGGCUCGUCACAAUCUGUCGCGGAAAAUCCCAGAGUUUCAAAGUUGAAGCGCCAGGCCAGGAGUGAACCGGGACGCAAAGGGGACGCCGUCGGUGCCGGUGCUGGUGGUGGUGGUGGUUCAAAUGCGGCGAAUCUCGAUUCGCGGCGGAGUUGUGGGCCCAAAAGCGGGGAUUUGCGCAGUCGCAACACCAACAACAAACCCAGUGAAGUGGCGAAAUCGAUUGCGAGCAGAGAACGGAGUUCAAGUGAGAGUGAAAAAAGCGAGGAAUCGACGCUGUUGAAGCGACCGUCGCGGAAAAGCAAGGAAGCGUGUUCCACGUACAUGGAGGUGAUACUCAGUCGAUUGUCUGCGCCGGAUGAUGAUAUCGACGAGAUUUCUCUAGCUGACAUCGGCACAGACUAUUCAGAUUUCAAGCGCGAAUCUACGAAAGAGUUUGAAACUGUUCCGGCAAAGUCGGAACCGGCGGAAGAAUCCGUAGGACCCAAACGGGGUUCAGCAACGAGGUCUUCCUCCUCCUCUGCAUCAUCAUCAUCAAUCAAGUCGGUCGAUAAACGAAUCCCUUCGCAAAAACCUGAAGAGCAUCAGCAGAGGAAAAGUUUGAGACGUUCUAAGUCGGCUGAUAAAGGAAAAGCCUAUGCGGAAACCGAUUCUAGCGAUUCCGAGGCGUCCCUCGCUGUUGAUCCCGAUUACUCAGUGACAGCUGGUUCGAACGUCGACAGGCGUGGCUCAGUUGUUGCCAAGCGAAGUGCCAAAGCCGGCUCCGACGGAGACUCGACGGCGUCGUCGGACUCUGACGAAAUUCUCAAGCCUUUUGCUGCUCGACGAUCGUUCAAUGAAAUUUUUGAAAAACUGCGGAAUGUCCCGCGACCGUUUUUGAAGAAGGAGUCCAAGUCGAAGCCUGACCAGGCGACGCUCAGUGAAGCCCGGCGAAAUCUAAUCAAAUCCAAAGAAGCGGAAAUUUUUACGGAACAUAAAUCCAAAAAGAAGCCGAAAUCUCCGUCAGUUGCUGGUUCGGAAUCUGACAAGGUCAAGUUGGAGUCUAAAACUCCGAAGAAGGCCUCAUCCGACGUGUACGAGUUCACGGAUUCGUCCCCUGUGAAGAAAGAAUCGAAGCCGUCUUUACCGAAACCAGGUCGGAAGGAAGUCGUCGCGUCGAAACCCGAUAUUCCUGCGCAGAAAAGCAAUUUGAAAUCGCCGAAGGGAAAAGCUGUUGACGUCAAGGCCCCUGAAGCAGCGGAACCCGGAGAAGGGUUGGAAUUAUCUAAAGCACCGAUCUAUCGUCCAACGAGCGAAGAAUUCAAUGAUCCCAUGCAAUACAUUUCGAAAAUUGCUCCUGAAGCCCAACGCUAUGGCAUGUGUUGCAUCCUGCCUCCGAAUGAUUUCAAGCCGGACUGCAGCAUGCAUGAUGACAUGCGGUUCAUGGCGUACAAUCAUUACGUUCAUAAAAUGUACCGACGGUGGAACGCCGUUUCGAAAACCGCUGCGGCGAUCUUGAAGACCCUGGAGAAAAGCAACAUCACCGUUGAUCAUAUGCCCUGGAUUGGUGGGGUCGAAGUAGACCUUGCGGCGUUACACAACGCGGUCCAAAGCUGCACGGAAUUAACCAAAGUCAUGGACCCGAAAAAGUGGGCUAAAGUUGCCGACAAGUUAAACAUCCCGUCAACUGUGGCCGGUCGAGCAGACAAGCUCGACAAACUCUAUUGCAAAUACGUGCUGCCAUACGCAUUUCUCACGGCGUCCGAGCGAGCGACGAUUUACGCUGAGGUCGAGGCGGAGUACAAGGAAAGGCUGGCGGCGAAAAUCGAGGAGGCUCAGAAGAAAAACGACGCCGAUUUAUACGCUAAAGACUGUGACGACGACGAGGACAGCAGUGGGGAAGAUGAAAGCUUGGAAUGCGUGGUCAAGGUC